AUGGAAAGUCAACUGACCAUUGGCAGUACUUCGCAUUCUGAUUUCCUCAGGAUCCUUAGCCGCUUUGAAUCUACACUUGAGACUAUCUCUGCCAGGGUGGAGGGAGUCGUGCCUGCUUUGUUUGGACCCCACGGGACCGGCACACCUACAGCUCUUUACGCAAGUCAAAGCUCGGCAUCGCAUCCUCUUACAAACCCAUCUAUAUCACAGGGAAGUCCUGAGUUGAUGGAUUCUGCACCUGGAUGCCACCCACAAAUUACCGCAAUUCCAUUCAGUGCCCAUCAGGUCAUAUCUUGGAGUGGUGUGGUUAAAAUGAUGCCAGAUUCUGUCCAGAUGAUAUUAGCCGAGUAUGGUAUGAACUAUGCCAUCACUCUUGAGUCUGCAAGAGCACCACUCCAACCAGAUUGCCGAUUAUUGGCUCGGAAAAAGCCCACCAAUUUUCUUUCUCAACUGAUGGUCUCCACAGUUAAAGAGUUGUGCGACAGUUAUUUUUCCACAUUCCAUUUAACCAAUCCUAUACUUGAUCGAAGUUUCUAUCAACUUCACACUCUUUCCAGGGCAAUAGAUGGGAAUUUCGGCAAUGACAUUGAGAGCUGCGUGGUGCUUGUUGUGAUGGCGUUGGGCUCCUUAGGUCAAAAAGGUCUCGCAGAGGCUGGAUUCGAGCAUGGUAGCUGGAGCUUGGGGGAUAUGGAUCUUGCUGACUCUGCUGAAGAUUCUCCUACAGAAUUAUCUGGUAUAUUGUUCUUCAACGAGUCUCGAAAGCGAAUUGGUUGGCUUAUCAAUGAUAACGGCCUUCAAAGUUGUCAAUAUUAUCUCCUUGCCGGGCUUUUUUAUUCCCAGUUAGCUCGUCCAGUGGACUCAUGGUCUAUGACGACAAAGGCAUCUACCUGCUGCCGUAUGUUCUGGAUGACCAUGCCUGUUCAGCGCGACACUUGGGUCGCCGACAUGCAAUCUCGACUAUUUUGGAUUGCCUUAAUGUCCGAGGCUAUUUUGACGAAGGAGUUAAGCUUACCUGAUAGUGGAUUACAAGAGAUAUCCGACCAGGUACCUCUGCCAAGGUUCUUGAAACUUGAACAGCCCUCCUUUGUAUAUGUGGAUAACGUGAGGGAAGAAGAGAAUGAUUCUCUCUGUCACUACUACUUUUUGGCCCAGACCGCACUCAGAAUACUACUGACGAGGACAAGUAACUGCCUCUUUUUCACAAACCCAGAAGAGCGGUACUCGCUAUCUUCAAUCGAAGAAGAACUAACGUAUCAGCUCGAACAGUGGCGUAACCAACUCCCCGCUCCCCUUCAAUUCGAUGAAGACAAUCUAGCUCCUCUCCCAGAAUCUCCCAAAGAUAUUCUAGUUGUCUCUUGGCUCCGCGCCCGUUACAUGUCUGCCAGGUAUCAUUUUGGGAGACCUUUGCUCCACAGGGUGUUAAGCAGUCCCGAAGACACUACCAUCGAUGAUUUACGGCGCUGUACGGAGAUCUUUCAUUGUAUAUGCGAAUGGGAGCCCAUUGUCAAAGUGAUCAGUUUGAUGAGGAGUUGUAUGCCUCUGAGAUUCAAUAUCUGUGCUCAACUAUUUGGACAACUGCUUAUUAUAUACUGCUUUCGGUGUCAUGCUGAUGGUCGGCUGCAGCAGGCUGUCCCAUCUCAACACCGAGAAUGGUGUAUUUUUGCCCUAAGCUUCCUGCAGGAUACUGCAUCUUGUAGCCCUUCAAUCGCUAAGGAUGCUGAAAUUGCUUCCCUUUUAUGGUCAAGUUUGACAUAA